UCACAGCCUCCACAACUAUUCAUCUGUCAUAUUGCAUAUAUAUGCAAAAUUACGGUCUACCUAAAACGUAACAAUUAUCUUUGUAUUGUGACUGUGACUGCUUUUCAAUAUUUUCAUGUAAACAAAAGAAAAAUUAUUUUAGUUGCAAAUUUUGAUAAUUUAGUAAUAUAACUAUGCGAAAUGGCUAAAUCGAAGAAGUCGAAGAAAAAGCACAAUCAUAAAGAGCGUAAGGAAAAAAAGAAAUCAAAGAAAUUGAAAAAGACCCAUAAAAGCAAGAAAAGGUCUGAAAAUCUUAAAAAUAUUAAUGAGACUAGUAAAGCAAAACAACGAGAAAGCGAUACUGAUGAUAAUUUUGAAAUUCCAGUAACGCUAAUGAAUAGCAAAUCGCAUGCCCCUGAAACGCCUGAAGAGUAUCAACGAAGGCAGAAUAAAAUUCGCCGUGAAACGGAUCCGGUAACUGGCCGAUCAAGAUUAAUCAGAGGAAGCGGUGAGAUCUUGGAAGAAAUUGUAAGCAAGCAAAGGCAUACAGCUAUUAAUAAAGAAGCAACUGAGGCGGAUGGCAGUUACUUCCAGGAAAAUAUCUCCAGCCAAUUGAAAAAGUAAUAAAAAAUUCAUUUCAUCGAUAAGUUACGUUUAUUGCAUAUAUCCGUGCAAGUGCCCCUUUUUAUAUGCACAAUUAUAUUACGUAUAUAU